CACCAACCAAUGUUUGGCUGCCGUAUGCCUUAUUGACUUGUCCACGACACGCAGAUCACUUUCCUUUUCCCCCCAAGAAGAUGGGCGAGACGAGGGCCAAGGAGGGGGUGUCGCUUAGACUAGCGAAUCCAUCCGCCAAGAUUCCGUGCACCUCGACCGCCGCCGCCGCUAUCUGUUUGUCCCCGCCCCCGCGACCGCGGCAGCCUAGCAGGAGGGGAGGAUCCAUGUCUAGUUUCUAGAGCAGCUGCUUGCGUCCCUUGCAAAUCACAUCGACCGAUGGGGAUACCCAGCGACGACGUGGUGCAAAUCCGCCACGCCGACGCCGCUGGCGAGCCCACCGUCGUCACCGUCAGCUGCCCCGACAAGACGGGCCUCGGCUGCGACCUCUGCCGGGUCGUCCUCCUCUUCCGCCUCAGCGUCGUCAAGGGAGACAUGAGCACGGACGGGCGGUGGUGCUACAUCGUGCUCUGGGUUCUGCCACGCGGGGGGCGGCCGGUGCCCGUGCCAUGGGACCUACUCAAGGACAGGUUGCUUCAGCUCUGCCCCGUCGCGCCGCCGUUCGGAUUCGACAACGCGUACCUCGCAGCGGCUGGCCUACAGGACCUUGCGCCUCCCCCACCAAAGCUCUUCUUGCUCAAGCUAUGCUGCUUCGACCGGAUGGGACUCUUGCAUGAUGUGACACGUGUUCUGUGCGAGCUAGAGCUCACGAUUCGGAGGGUGAAGGUCUCUACCACGCCUGAUGGGAGUGUGCUGGACCUUUUCUUCAUCACAGAUGCCAGGGAGCUUCUGCACACAAAGAGCAGAAGAGAAGAAACCCAGGACAAACUGGAGGCUGUCUUAGGCGACUCCUUGACAUGCUGUGAAAUAGAUCCUGCUGGUGAAGACAUGUUGUCUUGCCUCCAAUCCUGGGCCUCGCUGACGCCUGCUAUCACGGAACAGAUGUUUAACACAGAGGAGCAACCGAUCAGCACAAGGGGUGGCACCAUCUCCGUGACGAUGGACAACUCACUUAGCUCUGUCCACACUCUUAUUCAGAUUCAGUGCGGUGACCAUAAGGGCCUCCUCUAUGAUAUCAUGAGGACAGUCAAAGACGGUAACAUUCAGGUUUCGUAUGGCCGAUUCUAUGCGAGCCAAAAUGGAAGGUGUGAGAUCGAUUUGUUCGCGGUGCAAUCAGAUGGGAAGAAGAUCCUUGAUCAGCACAGGCAGCGAGCACUGUGCUGCCGCCUAAGGAUGGAGCUCCUCCGACCACUGCGCGUGGCAUUGGUGAACCGAGGUCCUGACACAGAGCUGCUGGUAGCAAACCCGGUUGAGGUUUCUGGAAAGGGCAGGCCGCUGGUGUUCUAUGACAUCACCCUUGCUCUCAAGAAUCUUCAGAAACGAAUCUUCUUGCAUCUUCUUGUGAUGUUUGUAGGCUGAGAUUGGGAGGCAUGUUGUGGAAGAUAGGGAGUGGGAAGUCUACAGAUUGCACUUUGGUGAGGAGCAUGAGCUCUCGUCUGCGCUGCGGAGCAAGAUCGUGGAUGAAGUCACCAACAUGCUGAUGGGGUGGGACUCAUGACACUGCUCUGCCGUGCCUCUGAAAAAUUAUCAUUACUGUUCCAGCAGGAAUCAAUUAACUUAUUUGGUGCAUGUAAAAAAAGGAACGACUUAUCUCUUAAAUGUAGCGGUAUUUAACUAAUCCAUAGACGAUCUCUACUAUUAUAAUGCACAAGUUUUGUGCAUGGAUCA